UUAAGUGUCAAUUGUGAACCCUUGUUGAUUAGCCAACCCUUGACACCGUGAAGGGACAUCCCCGUCAGCGGUUUUUCCAAGCAGACACUGCUCUUAGCAGCUCCAUAACAACAACAACAACAGUACCAUCUGUCACACUCGACACGACGCGCCACCUCUCAUCCAUCACGAACAGUAACAACAACAACAAUGAUCUCUGUCCGUGAGGCUCUUCAAAGUGUCCUAAACGCCACAAAAUCUCUCCCUCCAAUCACCGUGCCCCUCCACGACGCCCUUGGCAAGGUUCUAGCCCAAAAUAUUCACGCCCCUGAUCCUCUUCCUCCGUACCCCGCUUCUCUCAAGGAUGGUUAUGCGGUGGUGGCUGCUGAUGGGCCUGGCGAAUACCCCGUCAUUGCUGAAUCCAGAGCCGGCGAUGAUGCUCUUGGUGUCACCCUCACCCCUGGAACCGUCGCCUAUGUUACCACCGGAGGGCCUAUACCUGAUGGUGCUGAUGCGGUUGUUCAGGUUGAGGAUACUGAACAAGUGAAAACGGCUCCGGACGAGCCUAUGCGGGUCAGAAUACUGGUGAAAACCACCCAAGGCAAUGAUAUACGCCCAGUGGGGGUAGAUAUUGAGAAAGAUGCAGUAGUCUUAACAGCUGGCGAAAGAUUAGGCGCUUCAGAGAUUGGCUUGCUUGCUACAGUUGGGGUGACGAUGGUGAAGGUGUAUCCUACUCCAACUGUUGCUGUUCUUUCCACUGGAGAUGAGCUUGUAGAGCCAACUACCGGGCACCUGAGUCGUGGUCAGAUUAGGGACUCUAAUCGCUCCAUGCUGCUGGCAGCUCUAGCACAGCAUCAGUGCAAAGUUCUGGACCUUGGUAUUGCUAAGGAUGAUGAAGAAUAUCAAGGAGGGGUCUUGGAUAAGGCUUUUGCGUCUGGAAUUAAUAUUCUUCUAACUUCAGGGGGUGUUUCAAUGGGAGACAAAGAUUUUAUCAAGCCUUUGCUUGAAAAGCGAGGAAAAGUACAUUUCAGUAAGGUGUCUAUGAAACCUGGCAAGCCAUGUACAUUUGCAGAGAUCGACUUUCAAUCAACAGAUAGUAAAAUUCUAGCUUUUGCGCUACCUGGAAAUCCUGUUAGCUCUUUAGUUUGUUUCCAUCUUUAUGUGGUCCCUGCGAUACGCCAGCUUGCAGGGUGGACAAAUCCUCAUCAUCUGAGGGUACAUGCUCGGCUUCAACGGCCCAUAAAAACAGAUCCAUUCAGAGCAGAAUAUCAUCGCGCCACUAUUAUAUGGACUGACAAUGAUGGGACAGGAAGUCCUGGCUUUGUUGCUCAGAGCACUGGUCAUCAGAGGAGCAGUCGACUACUUAGUAUGAAGUCAGCUAAUGCCUUGCUGGAGUUUCCAGCAACAGGCGAUGUACUUUCUGCUGGGACCCCUGUCUCAGCCAUCAUAAUUUCUGACCUUACACCCAUGGCUUUUGAUGAGAAUCUUAUGUCACCAGACUCAGCCUCUGCUUUUCCAGGAAUUAAAUCGCAUAAAGUAACUACUGCUUCUUCUGAGGAUGCUGAAUUCAGAGUGGCUAUUCUUACAGUGAGUGAUACUGUUGCUAUGGGGGCCGGCCCAGAUCGAAGUGGUCCCAGGGCAGUUUCUGUUAUUAAUUCUUCUUCAAAGAGGCUAGGAGGAGCAAGAGUUGUAGAAACUGCUGUGGUUCCAGAUAAUGUGGCAAAAAUUCAGAACAUUCUGAGAAGAUGGAGCGAUAUUGAACAGAUGGAUUUUAUAAUUACUCUGGGCGGGACUGGCUUUACCUCACGAGAUGUAACACCAGAAGCUACAAAAGAGUUGAUUGAGAAAGAAACACCUGGUCUUCUGCAUGUAAUGAUGCAAGAGAGUUUAAAGGUGACCCCAUCUGCAAUGCUCUCACGCUCUGCAGCUGGAAUCAGAGGUUCAACCUUGAUCAUUAACAUGCCGGGAAACCCGAAUGCUGUUGCGGAGUGUAUGGAGGCUUUAUUACCAGCCCUUAAGCAUGGUCUAAAGCAGCUCAGGGGAGACAAGAGAGAAAAACAUCCUCGUCACGUUCCUCAUGCUGAAACAGUUCCUACAGAUGCUUGGGAACAGAGUUAUAUGUCAGCCAGUGGUGGUGGUUCUGAGGUUUCUUGUUCCUGUUGCAAGUAAAGUUAAUUAUAUUUUCCCAUUUGCCCUUUUGCCUCCAUGUAUCUUUAUAGAGAAUAUGGGAUGGGAUGAAAUGAAAUGGAAUGAAAUAAAAUUAUUUCAGUUUUGAAUUAUUUAUGGGGAGGUUUUGGAUAGAAUAAAAUAGAAUGAACUUGUUUUGUUUCGCUCCAUUUUAUUCAUCUCCAUCCAUCAAUCUAAUCAUAAAAAGAAAAAAAAAAACUAGAAGAAAUGAAUGCACCAGAAAUUGUACAUGUUUUCUCAUCAGAAAUUAUACUGAGGUUAAUUUUGAUGUACUAAUAGUGUUAAAAAAUACUAUGUCAUCCAAUGAUAUGACACAUUUAGGUAAGCUUGAGAACUUUUGUAUUGUCAUACUCAUAAAUCAUGUGAUCUAAAUUGAAUUUGUUAUAUUUUCUCUUUGGAUAGUAAAAUUUAUGCUCA